AUGAACGAGAAUGAUGAGGGGAGUUUGAGGAGGAAAAACGCGAAUUCGUCGACUUUAAUGACGACGAAUUUUUCGGGAAAAACGAAGAAUUCCAUCAUCGUUGGUGGGGAGGGAGAAAAAGCGGUGACGAAUACUACGACGACGAAGAAAAGUUUGAACGUUGUUGAAGAGGAGAAUAAAGACGAACAAUUGAGCAAGUCCAACAACAACUCGUCCAACUCGUCUGCGUUCAAAUCGUUCAUCGUCGACGCGCAAAACUCCUUCAAAAAUUUAACAUCCUUCCAAGAGAUGAAGAACAACUGGUCCGAUUACGUGCAAAAAACGCACGACGCGCAGAUGAAACUACUGGAAGAGAACGCGUUAAAAUUCUCGAAAGAUUUGAACAAGAUGGGAUUAAAAGUACACUUCAUGCCGGAAGUGAUGAAAACGAGAACGGAGAUGGAGUUUCGCGGGUUACGGAAAGCAGAGCGAGAGGCGAUGAAACGGUUUUGUUUUCACACGGCGAAGUUGGUCAGGCGCGAGAUUCAACUGAAAGAAGCAGAGAAGGAGCGGAGGAAAGCGAUGGAGGAAGAGCGUUUGACGGAUGAGAUUGUCGGGAGAGUGAAUGCGUUGAAAAUGAAAGUGGAAAAGGAGGAAAAAUUGAGAGCGGAGGCGGACGAGGCGUUCGCGAGCGCGUACGCGAAGUUACGGGAGAGAGAACAGUUCAUCGAGAAUAAUACGUUCGUGAGCAACGCGUUGGCGGAGAAGCUUUUAGGACCAGGGAAUGUAGCAUCUGGGAAUGGAAGUGAUCUGCGGGAUAAAAAUGGAACCAGUCCACCGAAAAAGAACGCGAUGAUGAGUGGUCGAAACAGUCCAACCGACCAGGCGGCAGUCGCCGAAAAUAGUAAGAAAGAGCUUCAUCGUCGUAAAGAAGAAGCGAGCGAAGCGUCGACUUCGGACGUGUUGAGCGACGCGCACACGAACGAUGACGACGACGACGACGACGAAACUGUGAAAGAGAGUGGGUACAUUCGUAAAGGCAACAACGCGUGCGACGAGGACGACGAAGACGAGGAUGGCACGUCAUCCGUCGUGACUCGCUCGAUAUUAACCGCUUUAUUGCAAAAGAGACAUCUCACGGAGGACAAAAAUCCACAAGAGAUUAUCAAAUUAGAAAGAGAAUUGCACCAAAUUCGAUGCGUCGUCGCUUUGCAGCGCAUAUACAGACGCGAAAAGCACUUGAAGACGAUUCGAAUGAAACAAAAACGCGAGCGCGAUGCGAAAGUGCGCAAAGGUUUGAUUACGCUUUUCGUAUUCGUAUGCGCGUACUUUGGCGUGAAAUUCGUGGGACUCGUCCUAGCUAUCAUUCGUAACGUACACAGACGAGUGUUCGUGAUGGAGCCGUACGAUAGGUCGAUCGUAUACGCAGGCAAAGAUGCAUCGUACCAACCGCCUUGGUAUGUGACCGCUGGGAUCGUCGACCUCGCGCCUUUAACGCACGCUCGGUAUUCCAUCGCCAUGGACGAACUCGAUCAGCUCGCCGCCUCGGAGAAAAAGAAGAAGAUGAAGAUGAAGAGCGAUGAUGACGAUGAUGAUGAUAAUGAUGAUAUUACCAGUAGCAGCAGUAAUAGCGCUCUCAUCGGUAGCGUAGAGCUCGCGCGAUUACGUGCAAAGUACGAAAAGAACCUCGAAGUCCAAAAAUUGAGCUUCCAAUCCGAAAUCGAACAAAGACAGUGCAAAAGAGGAAAAGCGUCAAAGUCGGCGGGAGAAGACGUUCGGGAGACGACAACGAAGCGCAUCGAAAUUUCGCAAAGAGCGCUCGAACGUUCGCUCUCCCGCUCUCGCCAACGCGAACUCGCCGCCAUCGCGCGACUCGACCAAAAAACCAAACAGUUUGAAAAAGAAAAAGAGACGCUCUUAUCGGGACAAGGAGGCUUCGCCGCGAAACUCGCUCGCCGGUUUUGGACGACGAGCGUCUUUCUCCUGUUGUUUCUUUCCGCGUGGUCGCUGCAACAUCGAGAGACGAAUACGACUAGAAAUAGGGUAUAUCGUAGCAUCAAAAGCAAGUGUAAUGCGGUUUUGUCCGCCGUGUUCGCGUCGAAGCUUUUCACGUCCUCGUCUGAAUCGUCGUAG